GGAUCUAGAUGACAAGUAGGUGUGCUUCGACAUGUUCCUGAAAUGAGGAAAUGGAAAACUAUAUCAAACAUGUCUACUUAAUCACCACAUUUGGCAUGGCUGCCUCGGAGCUGUCGGACAAGAUUUAGGCCUUAUGACACGGGCACAUCUGAUUUGUCACUCACCCGGUAUGUUGGUGUAGAUUAGAACAGUUAUUGUCCCUUCAACAAUUCAUUUGCAGCUUUCAAAUGUCUUUGAGAAGCACUAUGUAGGUACUUAAGAUGUGAAUUUUUAAGCAGCACCUUUGAUACACGCACGUUGAUGUCUUUCACAAGAAUAGCUAACCAAGUGAUGAUCUCGAUAAUGUGACGACCACCAUUUACAAAAGAACUUGCAGUGAACGUUCAAAACAAUACAAAACUUGUCCCAUUUUGCCCUAGCUUUAACCAAAACUGCGUCAUAUUUACGAUAUUUGCGGCGCAUACCAAGCGCAUACAGCGUGGCCGGCAAACGGAUCUGCGGACACAUCGUGACGUUCUUGAAAUGGCACUUCUUCUUGGUUGAAUUGAAUCCUCAUUAUCAUCUACGUAGAAACAAAGACAAACGGUGAAGAUCUCCAAAUUAAUGGGUCAUUUCGACAUUUAACCCAUCGUUGUUUGACGAAUGAAAGAAGAAAGAGGAGCUUCGCCUAGCAUAACGAAGGUCGAAGGACAUAACGAAGAACGUAACGAAGAGACGAGAAUUAGAUGCAUAAAAUGCACCAUGUUUAGUUGACGAAUACGAGAAGAAGACCAUCUGUAUCAGCACCGAUGAAGGCAUACAGAAUUCAUACAAAAAGUGGACUUUCUGGGAACGAUAAAAUGUACAUCAAGACUACCGCCGAAUUGACAAAGGCGGGUACAAACGUCUGCAGCUGUCAAAGACCAAUCGGUAAUAUCCGGUCCGGCCAAAGUCGAUCAUGUCACCAUCAGUGGGUGAUGAUACCCUCAGAUGACAUGCGUCUGCCCCUAGCAUGACGCGUGUGAUAUAACCCUCCCGGUCCGAUGAGGAAAUUAUGGUCGUUCUCAGACAACGGCGAUCAAUUAGAGGAAGUCAUGAUCGGUGAGGGUCACGGGAUCAGCUCAGUGUGGUCCUGGCCGCGGAAACAGGUGGAUCUCUUCUGCCCUGUCCAUGGGAAAGGCGACAUUGGAUAGACAAACGAGAGCAUCGGAAGAUGAGGCUGGCAUGACAAGUCAUGGUGUUGAGCUUCGGUACUCAUUGUACUGAGUGGAUGACAAAGAAUCGGUUCUCUGAUUUAGUCAUCUAACUGCACAGCGCUGCAUUCAAACAAAAUGUAUGGACUCAUCCAUAGCUGUGUCAAAGAAUGGGUGAUGAACAACUAUGGGAAGGAGAAAUGGAUGGAAAUAUUGGCAAUAUCGGGAGCGGACGACGAGCAGACGUUCCUCAACUUCCAGUGCUACCCCGACCAGGCCACCCUGGACUUCAUAGGCAUCGUCGUCAAACAUUUGGAGAUCAGCCUCGAAUACUUUCUGGAGGGGGUCGGUAUGCAUUUUGUCGACUUCACCAUCGAGAAAGGCUACGGCGAGAUGCUGCACACUCUAGGAAGAACCUUCCACGCGUUUCUGGAUAACCUCGACUAUCUUCACUGCUACCUGAUGACCACGGCCUUCCCGGGGAUCGUGAUGCCGUCGUUUGCCUGCACCGAGGACGCUGACCGUCCGGACGUGCUGUAUGUCGACUACUACUCCCGACGACAGGGGCUCCAGACGCUGGCCAUAGGUGCCCUGAAGGGCUGCGCCAAGAACUUCUACAACCUGGCCGUCCAGUUCGAGGUAAUGUGGACCAGGGAGGAGAGGAUCAACGAAGAGGAGGUGGUCCACCACGUGCGACUGAGGGUGACCCAGCUAGGUCAGCUGACGACCCCGACUCUACCUGUGCCCUCCGGGGACCGUCCUCGCUCUGCCCUCUCCCUGGCCCCCGCGGCAGAUACGUUGGCUCCAGCUGAGGUCAACUUUGUCAACACGGCUGAGUUUUCGGCGAUACACCCCUACCACUUCAUCUUCAACCAGGGGCUGAGAGUGCAACAGUACGGUUUCGGUAUCGGCGUGCUAUGCCCGGAAGUGACGUCAUUUCCGGCCGUGGACGAGCUGCUGGAGCUCGUUUGGCCCUACACCACCUUUAACUUUGAGAACGUGGAGCGCUUCAAGAACCUGGUGUUCCAAUUUGCCGUCACUAAAGGCACAGAGAAGACGGUGGGCACCGUUCUCAGAGGCGAGCUGAUUUUUCUCGGUGACAACCGGGUUCUGUUCCUCGGAAACCCGAUGGUGACCAGUUUGAAGGAGCUGGCCGAGAAAUCGCUGAAGAUAUCCGACAUUCCCCGUUCGGACUCGACACGGGAGCUGAUCCUCCUCAAACACCAGCGCAGCACCGAGUUUGAUCUCAUGCAGCGUCUGGAGGCCACCACGGCGGAGCUGAAGCGCACAGCCGCUGCCCUAGAGAAGGAGAAGGAGAAGACAGACCGGCUGCUGCACAGUAUGCUACCCCCGGAGGUGGCGCACAAGCUCAAGAGCGGAGACAAAGUUCAGGAGAACUUCGAUAGCGCCACUAUUCUGUUCAGCGAUAUCGUGACGUUCACCGUGAUCGCCUCCCAUUGCGAACCGCGUCAGAUUGUUCAGCUGCUGAACGAGAUGUAUACGCGCUUCGAUGAUGCGACCGAGAGUAACGGCGUCUACAAGGUGGAGACGAUCGGCGACGCCUACAUGGUGGUCGGUGGGAUCCCGGGCCGGGUGCGGGACCACGCCACCCGAGUCACUAGCCAGGCGAUUGACAUGGUCCGGCUGGCCAGGCAGGUGGCGCACCCCAUCACAGGAGCGCCCGUCCAGAUUCGCGUGGGCCUGCACACGGGCCCCGCGGUGGCGGGGGUGGUCGGUCAGAAGAUGCCCCGCUACUGCCUGUUCGGCGACACAGUGAACGUGGCCAGCAGGAUGGAGUCGCACGGAGUGCCCGGCAGGAUCCACCUGAGCGGCGACUGUAAAAGGAGGCUGGAGGCCGAGGGCUCGCCGUAUGCCCUAGAGUCUCGUGGCAUCACCGAGAUCAAAGGCAAGGGCAUGAUGGAGACAUUUUUCGUCGAGUCGGUGUACGACCCAGCUGUCGGCAGAGGCAUAAACGACGCAGCGGCAGACGUCGGCGACAAUUCUGGCGCAGAGGCUGGUCAGAGCGCCGAUAGUAGUGCAGCACAACACAGCAGUGUCUGUGGACUUCAGUAGGUAAACGCUCGCACAUACGCGCUUCAGCUACGGCUGGGUUCGGUAUUUAGCUAAGCUACAUAUGCGUAGUUGUGGCCAUGCAGUAUGCACGAUGCAGCGCACCUUAGUACAAAUACGACAGAAGUUAACAUGACUACA